AUGGCGACUACAGAUACCCAAUGGAUGCCCACAACGGGCCGACACGCAGUAGCAAUAGGAACUUCACUGAGGCGCGCACUCAAGGCCCGCAAGGGCGUAGCUCCGCCGAAGCGCUCUAAUCUCCCCGACAAGGACUUCUACUCCUUCAGGUAUAAUUUCAAGCCAGAGUCAAUAGAACCCAGCAGGUCUGGAACGGUUGAAGUCAAACGCGGGAAAGACUCUACCAGCGUCACUUUAGAACGCCCUAGUACACAGCCGGGCGAGAACCAUCUUUUUAAGGGGGGUGAACAGCCGGUGAAGGAGUAUGAUUGUGUCCUAAUUUAUGAUGAGGAGUUAGGAACAUUCACUCUUGAAAAGGUAGAGUGCUUCAUGGGCUUUACAUACGAUAAGAAAGUCUCUUCUUCCAGCUCCAGCUUUGCCCGAAAGUCUCCCUCUGCAACAACUCCUCCGGAAACACAGCUUAAAAACACAAGAGAUUUGGAGAAAGAGCUGGAACAUGAUCUUUUAGGGCUCUCAGACGCUGAUGGUGAGGCCGUGGAUGACUUCGAUGACAUUUUGGCGAAGGUCACGGGGCAAAAGGAGGAGGAAGAGGAAGAAGAGGGUGAGGAGAUUGAAAUACCCCCUCGCAAAGCCCCUUCGCCACCUCCGCCACCUCCAAAACUUAAAGUGUCUCGUCAUGUCGCUCCACCUCCGAAAAAGCACGAGUCCGAGCCGAAGCCUAAACCCAAACCCAAGGAAGUGCCGAAGGCGAAAAGAGAAAUCAAUUCGUAUAAAGAAGAUUCCGACUUGGAAGAGGUUCUUGAUUUUGGUCGCCCCGCUCGCCCUUCAAAACGUCCGAAGCCGUCUGUCUCAAUCGGACUAGCCUUGCCAGGGACGACACCUUCUUUCGUGCCUCCUGCUCUUCCCACAAAGCCGGCAGCAGCAGAAUCGGACUCUGAAGAAGACUGGGAUGAAGUUACACACAAUGAUCCAGUAGAAGAAGAGAUAGAUCUUGACGCCUUCGGGCGGGAGAUGGAAGCAGAACUCGAAGAAGAAUCGGACGAUGAUAUAUUGGCGGCAGCAAUGUCUCCAGAUCUUGAACCAGUGGCAAAUGUCUCUGGACGGCCCAUGUCACUCAAUCAAUUCGCAGGCGGUCAACUCAGUGCGGAUGAAGAGGAUACAUCAUCCAGCGAGGAUAGUGAUGAAGAUUGA